AUGCAUGGAAAGAUGAAGAAGUCGUCUCGUCAAGAGAAUAAAAGGAAACCUUCUCCAGACGAACAACGACGCGACGAAAAAUACAACGACGACAAGAGCUACUGUCGCUUCCAUAGACGAUACGGUCAUACUACGGAAACUUGUAGGCACGUCAUGAGCUUGAUACAAGAGUACAGCAAUACUCCGCAAAGCCAAGACGAUGCUGAACGCCGCGACCAGAAUCGACAAGCUGCAAACCAGCGCCGACGCCGAGAUGAGGAUGAUGAUGCCGAGAAGAACGCACCUCAACCACUCCCUAACCCAGAUGACCUGCCUCCACCGCCGAAACGGCACGUCCGGUAG